AUGGGCUCUAUACAAUCUAAACUCAAAAAGAAACUCUCUAGAUUCCGCGGCGCGAAAGCAAAAGCUGGUUCUGCACCUACUGUAUCAGCGAUCAACUCUGAGGUGCCUGGCCAACAAACACAUACCACAGGUCCUAGCCUGCCAAGCGAUCAAGGUCUCGUCAACAGCACUGCUAACAACACCAGAGCGCUGGUGCCCACUUCUGUUGUAAUAGGUGCCCCGAAGGUUCUGCACGAUGCAGCUCCUCAAAUCAGUGUUCCCUCCAGGACUAGCGUCCCGAUCGAAACACCCGAGGUGUUGACUCACCCCCCCCGAGCGUCAACUCACUCCCCCGCAUCGUCCACUCUGGUCCCCGAAGCGUUGACUCAAUCCCCCGAAGCGUUGAAUCUGGUUCCCCAAGCGUCGACCCCGGUCCCCGAGCCGUCAGCUCAAUCUCCCGAAUCGUCGGCUGAGUUCCUCGCAACGUCGUCUCGGGCCACCUUGCCUACACCUAACCCCUUGGCUUUGACCCCUGUACAGGAAAAGACUACCGUCACGGCAGGGGCAGGUAUCGAUCUCUGGCAAGUGGCUCAAGAAAAGCUACCCAAAGGAGAGCAGGAAAAAAUCUUCAAAGGCAAAAGCUGCGACCUAAACCUAGUUCAGGCUCUCAUUGAUUCUGUUCAACGGAAAAAGGACACCGCCGACGAUAAGCGAUGGUAUUACGAGAAGGAAGAUGGCACAAGGGUUUUCUAUCUGGAAUCCGCUUUGGAGCAAUUACAGAAGUACGUGGGGAUAGGAAACAUUGCUAUCCAGCACAAUCCUAAUAUCGUUGCCCUGGCGUGGGCAGGAUUUCAGUUUCUCUUAAAUAUGCAGACGCCGGGCGUACUCGUGUGUGCUCUAUCUCUAUAUAUCGAUCGUGAGGAAUGGCUAAUAAAGGUAGAUCAAAUCAAGAACUCUGAAACACUGAAACGCCUUCUGGACGUAAUGGACUCCGUACAGAUACCGGUCAUCGGUAUGCAAUCCUCCAUCGACAAAAUGGUUGUAAUCGUAGAGAAGCAAAGACGUUCGGAUAUUUUAAUGUGGCUGUCUAAAAUGCCAUUCAGCGAUCAUCAUAAUUACUUCAGUAAGCGUCGUCGCGAGGGUACUGGGGAGUGGCCUCUUCAACAUGACAAGUAUGGGGCGUGGAAUAUGUCUGAAAAUUCGUCAAUAUUUUGGUUACGCGGAGGAGCUGGAUGUGGCAAAAGCUUUCUGGCCUCACGGAUAGUCGACCAUUUCCAGGAAGAGGCGGGUAAUGCUCAGGACCAGAAAUAUGCUGUAGUGUAUUUCUACUGUCAUUACACAGAAGAUGGGAGGAACGAUCCAGAGUCAGUUUUGAGGACUAUCCUUAAGCAGAUGUGCCUCACUAUGGACAAAGAUUCAACAACGCUACCAACGGCCCUUUUGAAAAUCUAUGAUGAGCGGGAAAGCAAAGGACACGCAUCUGGUCCUCUCAACGUAGAUGAGAGCAGAGAGCUUAUCGUUGAUCUUUGUCGUGGGUUUGACAAGGUCACUCUGAUCAUCGAUGCCCUUGAUGAGUGUAACAAGGAGAGAAGGUCAUUAUUCCGCGCGUUAAAUCGCAUCACUUUGGAAUCAGAUUGUAUCAAGGUUUUUGUCACGGGCCGAAACAGGGAUGAUAUUCAAAACACACUGAUUGAUCAUUCUAGUCAUUGUAUUGACGCAACCGACAACUCAGGCGACAUCGAUUGCUAUAUAGAGACUGAAAUCGAUCGACGCUCAAACCCAGGGUUCUUGCAGGACGAUGAAGAGCCGCUGUUAGAUGGGGAUGUCAUAUCCACAGAACUGAAAGACCAUAUAAAAUUGACGUUAAAGACAAAGGCGAAUGGAAUGUUUAUGUGGGUACAGUUCCAAAUUAUAGCUAUUUGCAAGGAACGGACACAAGGCGGUAUAUACAGGGCGCUCAGCACUCUGCCCAGAGAUCUGGAUGCGACUUAUAGUCGCAUAAUCGAAGGUGUCGAAUCUCAGACUGAAUCAAUUGCCACCGUUGCUAAGAGGGUCCUGAAGUGGAUAUAUUUCGCAGCCACCCCCUCCACGCCUCAGAUAAUCACCCAAUCUUUGGCCGUAAACCCCAAUCAGGGUGUCCCGGAUCAAGAACAUCUCGAGUGGACGUUACAAAAGAUUCUAAGCGUCUGUCAAAAUCUUGUCAUCUUCGACGAAACAUUAGGCACCCUACGUUUUGCACAUUUCUCUGUACACGAGUAUCUGCAACGUCAGGCCGAGUUUUCCGAAAAGAGUGGCCACACGUAUAUGACGGAGACAUGCCUUACACUGCUUACUUACGACCCACAAGUUAUGGAUGGGUGUCAAUUACCUGCCCUCAAAAGCUAUGUUGUAGAGUAUUGGAGCUUGCAUGCCCGCCUCUCCGGGAUAUCAACUGUAGAGAGCUGCAUGACGUUCAUAAAUCACCCGACAGCCUACCCCAGGUGGGGUCUUCAGGCAGCUAAAGAUGAUAAUGUAUUGUGGGCAACACCUAGCAACUCUGAUGUGGUUAAUCCGUUUUGGAUGGCAUGUUACUAUGGCCUGUCGCAUGUACUUGAAAGGUUAGACCCAUCGCAGGUUAACUCUGAGAACCAACAUGGGGACACACCAUUAUUAAUUGCCGCUUCAGGACUUAAAGAGCGUGAGGUUAUUGUACCUAUGUUGCUGGCCUUGGACGGGGUAGCUGUGAACACAGAAAACAACAUGGGCGAGACACCCCUAUGGACGGCCGCGUUUCACGGUCAUGAAUCGAUAGUUGCUAUGUUGCUGGCCGUGGACGGGGUGAAUGUGAACGCAGAAAGCAGACAUGGCGAGACACCCCUAUGGACGGCCGCGUGUCACGGUCAUGAAUCGAUAGUUACUAUGCUGCUGGCCGUGGACGGGGUGAAUGCGAACGCAGAAAGCAUACAUGGCAAGACACCCCUAUGGACGGCCGCGUAUCACGGUCAUGAAUCGAUAGUUGCUAUGCUGCUGGCCUUAGACGAGGUGGAUGGGAACGCAGCAAACAUGAAGGGCGAGACACCACUAUGGUUUGCUGUGUUUGGCAAUCAUGAGAAGGUAGUAGCUAUGUUGCUGGCCCUGGACGGGGUGAAUGUGAACGCAGAAAGCAACAAUGGCGAGACACUACUAUGGGUGGCCGUGUUUUUCAAUCAUGAGAAGAUAGUGGCUAUGUUGCUGGUCGUAGACGGGGUGAAUGUGAACGCGAAAGCCAUAUCAGGCGAGACACCCCUAUGGAUAGCCGCGUGUCGCGGUAAUGAAUCGAUAGUUACUAUGUUGCUGGCCGUGGACGGGGUGAAUGUGGACGCGAAACACAAAGAGGGCGAGACACUACUAGGGGUGGCCGUGGUUUGCAAUCAUGAGAAGGUAGUGGCUAUGUUGCUGGCCGUGGACGGGGUAGAUGUGAACACAAAAAACAACAAGGGCGAGACACCCCUAUGGACGGCCGCGCGUGACGGUCAUGAAUCAAUAGUUGCUAUGUUGCUGGCCGUGGACGGGGUGAAUGUGAACGCGGAAAGCAGACAUGGCGAGACACCCCUAUGGACGGCCGCGUGUCACGGUCAUGAAUCGAUAGUUACUAUGUUGCUGGCCGUGGACGGGGUGAAUAUGAACGCGAAAGACAAAGAGGGCAAGACACCACUAUCAGUGGCCCUCUUGAACAGUGAAUAUGCGGUGGCGGAUCUUCUACGUGCCGCGGGGGCUUCGGACACGUGCGAUUCAGAACCAUCGCCACCCGGACUUUGUAUCGAGACCGACAAGGAAGGAACAGAGUAG